GGCGGCGGAGGAGGAAGAGGAAGAGGAGGAAGAAGAGACGGACGGCGGUACGUGCGCGUACGGAGCGGAGCGAGGCGAGAACGAGCGGAUCGAGGACCGACUGGCCGGCCAUGGAGAAGCGGAUAGAACUCGAGAAGCGGGGAAAGAAGCCCGGCGACAUCAAAGAACUUGUUCUUGAUAACUGCCGGAGCACGCAAAUUGUGGGUCUGACAAACGAAUUCAGCGCCCUGGAGUCAUUAAGUCUUAUCAACGUGGGUCUUACCAGUCUAAAAGGCUUCCCAAAGUUGUCCAGUCUUAAAAAGUUGGAGCUAAGUGAUAAUCGGAUUUCGGGCGGUUUAAACCUGCUUGAUUCGAGCCCCAAGCUGACUCAUCUGAAUUUGAGUGGAAACAAGAUCAAAGAUCUCGAUACGCUACAGCCGCUGAAAGAGUUCAAGAACCUGAAGAGUCUGGAUCUGUUCAACAAUGAAGUGACAAAUAUGGAUAAUUACAGGGAGAAGGUCUUCAAUCUUAUUCCCAGUCUGCGAUAUCUUGACGGAUAUGACGCUGAUGAUUGCGAGGUCGACAGUGAAGGGGAGGAUGACGAAGUCAAUGGAAACGAAGAUGGAGAAGGAGCUGGCAAUGAAGAGGACAGCGAAGAAGUUUCAGAUGAAGAAGACGAGGAGUUUCUAGAUGACGAUCCAGGAUUAGAUAUUGUCUACAAGGAUAAAAUCGAGAGUGACGAGGAGGAUUAUUUGGGAGAAGAAGAGGAGGAAGAUGAUGAUGAGGAUAAUGAAGAUGAGGAGCAGGAAGAAGAAGAAGAAGAGUCUCCUGUUCGAGGAAAGAAAAGAAAAAUUGAUGAAGUGGGAGAGAAUUUGAACGCUUAAGAUGGAGAGGGCUGUCUCUGGUACUGUUGAAUGAGUGUAAAAUUCAUAUAAAUAAUAACAAUAAUUGCGAAGCCGAGUGAACAGCUGGGAAUCAAACUAAUCGACCGACCAAUGACAGACUACAGUUAGUGAUAUGAAUUUAUCAGUAAAUCAUUGACUGCGAGAAAAUUGUUUGUCUAACAACAAAAGAUUUAUCGUACGACAGAAAGCGGAAUGUGAAUGGAUAGGCGUGAGGCAAACUGGAAAAGAUAAUGAUGGCAUAAAAAUAGGGCUGCAUUCCAGCUGGACACAGCACAGUUUUAGUUAUACUAACGAUAUUUUAUAUAGAGUAUAUAGAGUUAGCGUAUUAGUGGUGUUGCAUAGAGAAGGGAGAAAGAUCGGGGAGAAAAGGCACACUAGAGGAAGGGGGUAGAGAGGGGUGGGCGAGAGUGAGAGUAUAAGAGAACGAGCGAGAUUGCGCGUGUGUGUAUGCGCGUGCGAGAGAGACGGAAAUAGAUCGCGGGAGGUACCGAAGUUUUACACUUGAAGGAGCAUCUUGUCUGUUAGCUCCAGUCGGCCAAAGGCUGGUCACGCUGGAAUGCGGUCAUCGUUAAUCAGUAAUAAGGUUACAUAAGUUACAUUUUAAAUACAUUAUUAUUGUACCGUGAAUAAGUAUAGAGUAAACGAGGAACAACUUUUGUACAGGUUUACACCAUACAUCGAGGUGCAUUAUAUGCCUCUGUGAUUUUUGGGACAGAAAAUAAAGAGAGAAAAAUAUAUGUUACUCGUAUACGUGUGAGCGUAUAUAUCCGACGAGGGUGAGAUGGGGGGAUUAAAGAAGACGUUAAAAAAAAAACCUGAAAAGAUACGGAACGUUCGCUGUGGAUAAUGCGCGAAUCGCGCGUGUUCUUCGCGGGAACGUUCUACAGUACGAAGAUGUCCGAUAUCAACGAGAGACGGAUAGCGAAUAGAAAAUAAUAUCGUAAUAUUUAUAUUAUUGUUUUCAAUCGCGUGAUUCCGACGACAGAGGGGCGAGAGUUUAGACGGAUUACAAUCCAGACACGUGGAACACACGAAAUUCUCCGAUACACCUCGAUCGACGUGUGAGCGUUGCACGUAAACGCGGACCCGGUGUUAUCCUAACUUAGACUUUUUUCUAGUAAGCUUUAAGUUCCAGAUAUUCUAUAUACAACGGCGAUCGGCCGUCCAACGCAUGGCUGUUAGGAUUAUUGUUAUUUACUCUCGGGCAUUGCGUAAAUGUUGUGCUCUAAUAUAACAUAAAAGAAUCAAUUUGAUUAUUACGAUUUACGAUAUUCUCCCACUUUUGAAGAUAAUUGUACAGUUGUAUAACUUGAUUCUAUUUUCUUUUAUAUAUACAAUAUAUAUUAUAUAUAUAGAUAUACCUAAGGCAUCACAGCUUUAUUGUAUUUUCUUUUAUCUAUCUAUUCUAUAUGAGGUCAAUAUUCUUAUUUAGCAAACAGAAAAAGAACGAAAUAUCAAGAAACAUAUUUGUUUUGUUUUAACGAAGAUUUUUUUAAAAAUUUAAUAUUCAAUUUUUUAGCUAUUAGAUGUAAAUUGAAAAGCUUGCGAAAGAUGAAAAGUGACGCAUUAUUUCCAAUAGAAAGAAGAUACGAUAAUUCUAGGACAUCCUGUGAAUGCCGAAGUAUGGACAAAUUAUGUUGAUUAAUAAUGCGAUUUUAAUUUCUACGUGACAUUAUGUAACUGCAGUAGGCCUCAGUCUUUGGAACGAAUUACUAAGGAAACAAAAGUCAACAUCGUGUGCAUCAAACGAUUAACCUUUAAUUUCUGUCUCUGAAGUUACCAUUGCGCUGAUACAUUUCGUGAUGAAUAGGGAAGUGCGAGGUUGAGAGAGAGGUAAUGGAGAUUCAUGAAUAUAUUAUGAUUAAUAUUAAAUUACGAGUAUGAUUUUAAGAAACAAAAUAUUUACACUUGCGCUUUCGCACUUUUGAAUUGUACUAAAGUCAGAAACGCAAAAUUAGAUUUAGGGCAAGAACAAAAAAGGAAAACUUGUAUGAAAAUGAGACACAUUCAACGAGACAGGCGCAAGAUAAAGGGACUUGCAGGAUUGAUCAGACGAUGUAGUUAAUGGUGAGAUUGCGACGAGUGGACUGGGACAGAGAUAACCAAUUAACUACGUAAUCGUGUGAGAAUGAUGGAUGGGAGUACAGUAGCGCUUGAGAGAAUGCGAAGAGAGAGAGAGAAAGAGAGAGACGAUCGGUUUUAUAAGGAAAAAAAAAGAAUAAAAAAAUAAUAAUGCGGUAGUAUCGAGAGGACCUGGCGCCUCCUUGUCGCCAGUUUGGUUAUGGCCUUAUCCAAUUUUUCCAAGACUAAAAGCAAAUUUAUAUUAGGUACAAUGAGUAUAUGUGAACAUGUACAGGUCCAAAUCUGUAAAUUUCCAAUCUGCAAUUUGUAAUUGCGGCUCGCGCGGAAGCGUUUAUUAAGCGUUAAAUUAUAAAUAUAAUUAAGAAUUUAAAUUAUAAAUAAUUAAAAACACAUUCCGCGCGCCCCGCGACACACGUGUGUACACGUAACGAAACACAUAUUCCCACACACACAUACAUACAACGCACACAGACACAUACGACACACUUUUGUCAAUUGCGAUUUUGGAUAGACCAUUUAAGUAAGGGAAAAAGAAAAUUUGUCUAUCACCCCCCCCCCCUUCUAUUAUCAAAUAUUACAUCUGUGUACUGUCUGUCUGUUCCGUUGUUAAAAUGGAUUUUUAUCAUAACGUUUGUUUAUUUCGAGCAAUCCUCAUCACACAAAAUAAGAAAAGAUAAUUUAUUAAUAAAACCAUUUUCAAAUCAACGAUGGUGUAUCCGAUAUAUGUAUUGACAAGUGAACCUAGCUUUUGCACUUGUUUUUUUACUGCGCUUUCGGCGUUAUUAUAUAUAUCUGUUUUUUUUUCAUUCUCGCUUAUAAGUUAUUUUUAGAUUCUUCAGGAAAUAUCCUUUAUAUAUUUAUUUUCUAACUCGCCGAUCAUCUUAAUUGUGAGUUUUAGUCUCGCUAUAUCAAUCGGAUAUACAUAGAUAUAAGUGGAAGUAUAUAUACAUAAUUGAAGAUAACUAUAUUUUAAGGAGAAACAUUUCGUAAUUAAUCUGUAUAAUUCAUUUUCAAUUAUAUUGGUUCUAAAUUGAGCAAUGUAUCCUAUAAAGUACAUACAACAUA